AUGAGCGCGAACAAAUAUGCAAAUCUUCCCGACAUCGACACUGCACAAGAUGUCUAUGAAACGGAGGACGUGUUUCCCUCAUCUGAGAUCAAUAAAGGCGAUUCGGAUUCUGACGAACCCUCAGGUCCACGAAUACGCGCUCAGCGGGAAGAACUCGACGACAGCAACUUGAUCAGCGCAGAAGAUGCGAGCAGACACUUUCGGAGAGCCGAACGACGUCGGCAGGAAUCACGCUUUGCAUACCCCCCGUCACCGACAUCCUCUCCAUCGCGUUCGCCAUCACCGAGUAGGCGACCUCUCCCUACGCGUCUACGAGCUCUGCAAGCUGAGCUUGCUGCUUUGGAGGGCGAGGUUGCAGAUCCGUCUAAUCCUGCACUUAAAGCUGAGGGUGUCGAUGCUGGUGAGAUGAUAAGAGGAUUGGUGGACGUGCGGAGACGGCUGGAGAAAGUCAGAAUGGGACGCGAAGGAAGAGGGAGAUUAGUUGGUGUUGUGCUUGGUGAUGGCACCAGGGAAGACAGCAAAGAAGACGUGGAGGAGUCCAGUGCGGAUGACAAGACAAAGGAGUCGAAAGUGCAGGAAGUACCGGAAGUUCGGGGUAUCGCUGAAAUGGAUAAACGAGUCGGGGAACUAGAGAAAUUGGUGGGCUCUGUGGGUGCGACUUUGGAUGAGUCCACGCCGAUUACGCCGCCUCUUCUUCCUAUGCUCACGCGCUUGAAUUCACAACUGAUGCUUUUGACUCAACCACGGCAUAUCGACUCCAUCUCCCGUAGACUGAAACUUCUGUUGUCGGACCUUGAGCGGGUAUCAACCGCACAAACACCAAAGCGCCAAUCGCAGCAGCCUGGAGGUUCAACCGUGAUUCCUGGUACUGCUACCCAGGAUGCACUCCUUCCCCUGUUAACGCGUCUGGCUCCUUCGCUUCCUCACGUCCCACAUAUAUUAACUCGAUUGCGUACCCUCUCUGCACUGCAUGCAUCUGCGGGUGAAUUUCAGGGAACGAUGGCAGCGCUCGAAGAAGAGCAGCGUAAGACAAAGGACGCUCUUGAAGCUCUCAAAAGUGCCGUCGGAGACGUGGAGACCAGCUUAGAAGCUAACAAGGGAACAGUUGCAGGAAAUGUGCAAGGUCUGGAGGACAGAGUAGACAGAGUUUUGACUCGACUCGAAGAGCUCUCAAGUAAGUAG